GCGCUGGCUCCCGGGAGCGGCCGCCGCGGACAUGGGCCCCCGCUCCGUCCCGCUCCUGCCGCUGCUGCUGGCGCUGCUCGGCCGCCCGGAUCCCGGCAGAGCCGAGGGCUGUGACCUGCAGCCCGUGACAGCAGAGCCACCCGUCACCCUCUCCUAUGCCACCAGCACGGUGCCCCGGGGCUGUGUCAGCAACAGCUCCGUGGGCACCGACCAUGAGGUCCAUGUGCUCAGCGUCAAGUGGUCCAAGGCCUCUCCUGUCCCUCUGACGGUGACAGUGACCCCGGGAGCCGGUGCCUGCAGCCGCCCAGCAGUGCUGAUCCUCCUCUGCAGCCGCUGCCCUGCCAGCAUCACCUCCCCGUGCUCCAACCUGAUCCUCCGCACCGAUGCCCACCUCAUGCCAGAGAGCACCAUCAGAGCACCAAACCUCGAGCCACUCAUCGUCUCCAGCGAGGAGCAGCUGCUGGCCUGGGCUCUGGCUGCCUAUGGGGGCAUCACGUCCUACAGUGAGCUGCAGGACCCCCGCAGGCUCCAGCUGCACCUGGGGGAAGAUGCCCACAGCCCCCCAGGGUGCGUUCCCCAGGAGAACUUCAACUCCAUUCCACACCUUGAGGCUGAGGUCUUCUUCCACGGGGUGAAGAGCUGCUCACGCAGUGAUGCCCAGAGCACCAGGGCUGCCCACAUCAUCCAUCUGCAGUCAGAGCCCAGCUCCUCCAUCACAAGGGUGAACCUGUCUCUGAGCUGUUCUCCGAACUCUGCUGGCAACCAGAUCCUCAUCCUGCAGAGCAAGGCCAACUUCACCUGGUUCCUCUCCACAGAGUGCAACAUCCAGUUGCUGGUCUCUGGGAGUUACAAGAUGCCCCUUUUCUCCGUGCUGAUCCCUGGGAACCCCCUGCCUGACACAGAGCAGGGCCUCAUUGCUGAGGCCUUUGGGAAGAACUACAGUGUCAUUGCCUCCUACUCUGCCAUCCCUGCCAGCACCCACAUCAGCCUGCAGAUUCACGAGCACGGGACGGUCGAGACGCCCGUGAGCACCACCCCCAUGGUCAUCACACAGCCCCCAGACCUGCCCCACCAGGUGCUGCGCACGCUCAAGCCCUGGAAGUGCACAGAUGAAACCAUGGAGAUUGUCAUCAUCAGGUCCUACCUGGAGCCCAUCAAGGACGUGGUGAACAUCACCCUGAGGGACAUCCGCUGCCAGGCAGAGAAAAAUGCCACCCACUUCAUGCUGAAGAGCCCCCUCAGCCACUGUGGCACCUCGCUGGAGGGCAGGGGCUAUGCCAACAAUGAGCUCAUCCUCAGCCUGGCCAAGGACGCCGUGCUCCGGAGCGUGCGGGUGGGUUUCCAGUGCGAGAUCCCACGGGAGCUCUUCCUGCGCCUUUUCCCCACCGCCGACUUCAAGGCGCCGCAGACGGAGCUGGAGAUCAACAAGGAGGCCUUUGUGCAGGCGUCCAUGCGGUGGAUGGAUCACCCGGCCGACCUGCAGCUGAAGGAGUGCUGGCUGGUGGCCUCGGAGCGGGAGCCGGUGCUGCUGGUGCAGGGCGGGCAGGCGCGGGGAGCGGGGGUGGCUGUGCUGGACGGGCCCCCCAGCAGCCACGGCAGGAAGGUCUGGCGCUUCCGCUUCACCUACAGCGUUCCCGAGGGCGGCCACAUCCCCUUCUCCGCGUCCCUGCGGUGCAAGGCCGGCCUGCAGAAUGACACCAUCUUCGAGAAGGUGCUGGAGGUGAGAGUGAAGGAUGCCUGGCGGCCGCUCAACUACCGUGGGCUGGGGCUGGGCGCUGUCCUGGGCAUCACCUUUGGCGCCUUCCUCAUCGGGGCGCUCCUCACUGCUGUGCUCUGGUACAUCUACUCGCACACCCGUCCCAUCUCCAAACUGCAGCCGGUUUCCAGCACGGCGCCAGCCUCGGAGAGCAGCAGCACCAACCACAGCAUUGGCAGCACCCAGAGCACCCCCUGCUCCACCAGCAGCAUGGCCUGACGCCCCCGGGCC